AUGUACUUCCCUGCGAUUCCUCGCUUGACCCAGAUCUUCCACGAACCAACUGAUCGAUUGAACCCGACUUUGACCAUUUUUCUGGUAACUCAAGCUGUCUAUCCUAUGCUAUGGGGUCCAUUUUCAGAUAGAUUCGGUCGAAGACCAUCCAUUAAUUUAUGCUUUGCUAUAUUGAUUAUCUCUUGUAUCGGUGCUGGUGUGAUCGCUGACAUAACUAUCAGGGCCAACCGCGGCACAUUUUUUGGUGCAUUCAACGUAGGUCCUAUGCUUUCUCCCGGCAUUGGCCCCGUCGUCGGAGGUCUACUUUCCCAAUAUCUUGGCUGGCGCGCAAUCUUCUGGUUUUUAACGAUAUUCUCCUCCGUCUCGAUGCUCGUCAUUCUGGGGUAUUUUCUACCAGAAACGUUACCCUGCAUUGUGGGUAACGGGAGCAUCCGACCUUCAUUCAUUUAUCGAGCUUUGCUUCCUGUUGUCGGGAAGGGGCGCAUGACUGAGGACUCCCAGCUCGUGCAGAAACCUCGCCCCAAACCGUUCCGGAAUCCGUUUUUACUCUUCCUGAAUGCCGAUGUAGUCGUAGCGACUUUCCUCACAAGCGUAAUAUUUGCCAUGCAAUACCGCAUAUCAAGAACCCUCUCCAAUGCCUAUACAAUCCAAUAUCCUUUUUCUCAACAGUGCCAAUAUUGGCUGUGCUACUUACUCGAUGGAUUAGGCCUGGUGGGUGGUACGAUCAUUAACGGGAAACUGCUGGAUAUGGAAUGUCGUCGCAGUCGCGCCAGAGCUGGAACACCAUUCACGGUUUUUCUGUUCUCAGCGUGUAUUUUCGGUUGGGGCUGGUGCAUCGACAGAUCAGUCUCUUUGGCCGGACCAUUGUUAUUCCAGAUUGCCCUCGGAUUUUCUUCCAUUUGCGUGCUAGAUACUACAACGACACUCAUGAUUGAUCUCGUCCCCGACCAGAGCUCUGCAGUAACUGCUUGUACCAAUUUCUUUCGCUCAGCGGUUCGCUGCCAUUCUAGUCGCAUUCCAAGAGAAAGCCAUCAAAAAUCUGGGCUAUGGGUUGAUUUGACGUUUGUAAUAUUUGGAUGCAUCUAUGUUUCAAUGGCUCCGCUGGUGUUUUUAGAGUUAAAAAUUGGCCUCACUUUUCGUGUUCGAAGAUUAACCAGGGCAUCGGAGGUGCUGAAGAAUGAAUACAGGCGUACUUAG